AUGACCAGAGACUGAGGACACAGUACAGGAGAUGACCAGAGACUGCAGACAGUACAGGAGAUGACCAGAGACUGCAGACAGUACAGGAGAUGACCAGAGACUGCGGACACAGUACAGGAGAUGACCAGAGACUGCGGUACAUACUACAAGAGAUGACCAGAGACUGCAGACACAGUACAGGAGAUGGCCAGAGACUGCAGACAGUACAGGAGAUGACCAGAGACUGCGGACAGUACAGGAGAUGACCAGAGACUGCGGACACAGUACAGGAGAUGACCAGAGACUGCGGACACAGUACAGGAGAUGACCAGAGACUGCGGACA